AUGGCCAAAGUAGGCAAAGGUAUACAGAUUGGCCUGUCCUGGGUGAAGACAGAACUCGGCGACAUUCCAGACGGUGCCAUUGCGACACAGCACGACGUCUACGUCUGUCGCGCUUGGCAUGAGGGUGAACAAAUCCCCGGAAAGUACAUUCCACCACUCUACACCGCCUACGUACCGUACGCUGGCGCUGAACAUUCGGUGGGGGACUGCGAAGUACUCUGUGACACUCGUUGUCUCGGCCAACCUUGCUGGUAAGCAGAACUACCGAACAGCCAUUUAUGUUCUAGUGGAUAGACAAAUGAACGCCGGCUCAGAUUCGGCUAGACGGUCUCCUGUGUUUUGUUUGGAGUGACGGACUGGUGGACUGAGAGUCAGGCUGCACUGACUCCUUCUUUAUGUGGCCUCUAUGACACUCCCACCUAAUGGCAUUCGAGCCGCCUCCGGCCAGUUGUUGUAUUUGUUGUAUAAAAUCCUAAUCAAUUGUUUUGUUGUGGAGCAGGGCGUGUGAUGGUACGCCUAGGUGCGGGUUUAGACCGUGCCAGCCACCUAUGUCCUCGCUAAGCAGAGUCAAUCAUCUGUCACCGUCACGCUCUCAUGGGACCGGAUUCGUGUUAAAAGUGGUCGCGACUUCCGAUUUACAUGGUGAUUUAACUGAAUUCUAGCUGAUAGGUAAAUACGGAGGUAGACUGUCACAUAUUAAAGCAUUUCUAGCAUACCAUAUUUUUAUGGAAAGAUGAGGAGAGAUGCAGAAUUGUGUUUAUGAGGCAGAGGCAAGAAUGUCCUUUGGUAGCACCUAAUUUGUCAGAUCAACGUUAGCUGGUUCAGUCUACACCCCAAUCAAGAAUAAAUUAUAAAAUUAUCACGCCUGCCGCCUGGGGGUAGAUGAGGAAGGAGGACAUUAACGUGGCCAACUAAAGGGCGAAACGUGAAACGAUGCGUGUUUUGUGUGGAGUAGUCUAAGAGUAAGGCUGCAAUAUCUCCUUCUUGUUGUGGCAGUAAUGUCGAAUUAUUUGUAAUAAGUAUUGCGGUAUUUCUGUUUGAUCAACCAGUUACGAAUGGGUACCGGCAAGUGGUGGUGAGGUUCCGAAGGGAGCGAUUGUUGCGGGAAUCGCGUCGGAUAGACAACCGCUGUACAUCGCCAAAGCCCGUGUUAAGGAUGAGAUUCCUUCAGGCAAGGUAAGUGGAUUUAUUUUUUUUAUUCCUGUCCACUCUUGCCUACUCAGAACAAAGCCCUCAGUCUAAUCCUUUCCCUCUUAACAGCCUUCAUCCUUGUAAGGUCUUCACUGUCUGACAUAUGAAUACUCCUGGUUUCUGCAGUUAAACUUGGAGUCCUUCGGUUGGACGAUGAGGAGAUCUAAAUAAAGUAGCUGCAGUUGCGGCCGCAAACGCUGAGAUCUUCGAAUUGAAGGCCUCUCGUACAUGCUUCUUCGAAAUCUGCCUGUUCUCGUAAAGGAAGCGGGGAAACGUAGAGCGUCAUUAGGGUUAAUUUAACUAGAAACAUUGGGAACUGGUGACUGGCAGGUCAUAUUUGUUCGUGAGAAGGCUACUUCGGCAACUCUUAGAGCUGACACUGCAUUUUGCGACAGCGAUGACACCCUCUCCGAGGAAGUUACCUGCUGGCCAUGGGUCUUCGCGUAUAGAAGUCGCACAAGUGGCUGCUAGACAACAGCAUGCAGAGUGUCGGAAAGCCUUACUGAUAGACAUGAACGACACCAAUUAGCCUAGCCAGUUCCUUCCUACUGUCUUCACCGCAUGCCUAGGCUUUUAAUAAGAGCAGCAGUCGUGGGCGUGGACGUUGAUUGGUGGUCGGACGUAAAUGGAGGUAGAUCCAAAUUCGGUUAGCGCACUGCAGAUAUAGGCUUCUGACUUAGGGAAAUCCACUUCACUUCCAUCACAAAGAACACCGAGUGCUCGUCAUGGUCUCCUUGUGCAUAUCGACGACAAAUACACUAAUUGACCAAUUACGUAAACUUCUGGAUUCCGUUGUCGAUUAUGAGGGAUAAAUUACGUGGGGAUAAAAUAUUGAUCAGCAUGUGGCCUAAUCCCGAAAUACUUCACAGGUAUGUGGCUGUUCGAAUGAACAUUGUACGGUCUUUCAAUAACUUCAUAAUGAGAAAGCUUUUUAAGACUGACAGAUACAUUUUAUCGGAGUGUACAGUUCUCGGAAUACCUAAACCUCUACUAAAUGAGUACGUGAAGAGAUAUUAUUGAAAAAGUAUUUUGGAAAAUACACUUGAAUUUAUAAGAAUGCUGAAAAUAAAUAAAAGAAAAUCCAUGUCAUUUAUGUAGUCAUUAUUCACGAGGGCAGUGUCUGUAGACAGUCGGAAAGAAGUGCAUUCAAAUGUAAUCUUAGGAUUACGCAGCUAGAUUUCCAACGGUACAACAUUAUUUGGGUAACCCUUUCUAAUUGGAAGCGCACUUCAGAAUAUCGGCUAACCUUUCAUAAGAUCGGUCAUUAAGUGCAAUUUGCCGACAACGUGCGUUUAAUCAUUGUCACAUAGGGACUGUUUUGAUAGCCAUUGUGAUUGUUAUUUGUUUGAAAAUACAAACCGUGCAACCCACGUAAGUAACCCUUGUGAGCAAAGCGCAUUUCAGAAUUUUGGUUAACAUUUUAAGAGGUCGGUCAACGACUACGCCUUGUGGCUCCUAUCCAUUGCGAGAUAGGUCCUGUUUCGAUAUCGUACAAACCAAGCUCUUUAUUCUUAAAUUCCGUCUUUCAGGUACAUGCCGGCCACUCCUGUGCCUAUUUGUCAUACUGGGGCCGUGAACAUUCGGUUAAGGACUACGAAGUCCUGGUUUGGAAGAAGGAAUGA